AUGAUAGGAAAGAAAGACAUAAUGUGUAUUGAGAAAACGGGGCUUGGGCCGUUUUGGGAAGAGUUUCUUGUGUUUAUAGACGUUGGAGAAGUGGUUGGAGGGCUUUAUGGCCUUCGGGUUAUGAAGAAGAAAAAAAUAAUAGGAUAUGGAGAGCAAGAGAUGGUACAAGAUGAAUAUUACGUUCGAUCGAGGAUACGGCAUCCAUUUCUCAUCAACACAAUAUGUGGAUUUCAAGAUUACGAACAUUUGUUUCUACUUUCAGAACAGUCACAGAACUAUCUUGUCAAUUUGAUCAGUUCCGAGGAAAGACUUUCACCAAAAGUAUCCAGGUUUUAUAUGGCAGAGAUUCUUCUAGCGGUUCAGUACUUACAUUCUAAAGGGCUUUCAUAUGGGUUUCUGUCUCCAAGGAGUAUGAUGAUAGGUGACGACGGGCAUGUGAAGCUGAAAUACGAUUUUUUGAACAGAAUAGAUUGUGGAAUAGGGGAUCUUGAGCAGAACGUAGAGUACGCAUCCCUAGAUUAUGUAGAGAGUGGGGAAAUCGGCCCUGUGUCCGACUACUGGUCGAUGGGAAUGGUACUAUACCACAUGCUUUCUGGAACUACGCCAUUUGCAGCACCUGAUAUGGCCUCGACAGUUGAAAGAAUCAGGAAGAAUAGAAUUAAGUUUCCGGAAUUUUUUGAUAAGAAUGCCCGGGACUUAGUAUCGAAGCUUCUUGUUGUUUCUCCCAAGGACAGACUUGGAUAUAGGGAGAGAGAUUGUAUGGCUAUCAGAAAACAUCCUUUCUUCGAGGGGAUAGAAUGGCAAGAAGUUUUUCAGAAAAAGUCCAAACCUCCAUUUCUGUUCAACAUCGCAAGGAAAGAAUGUUUCUCAAGGCCUGCAAAUCUCAGAAUCCUCUAUACAACUGAUUAUCUCCCUGAUCAAAAAAACGGAUAUGGCCAGACGUUCAGAGGAUAUGGAACCAUAUAUUCUUCAGAGGUCUAUAGAAAGAUAUGGAGAUAUGGCUACAUUUGA